CCUCCUUCAUAGUUUAAAAUUAUGUCACUUUCAAAAACUGUCCUCAUGUUAUGAAAUAGAAUCAAUCGGCAGUCAGUCUGCCUUCUGUCACGAAACUAAAUAAGCUUGUGUUUGUUUACCAAUAAUUAAAAUUAGUGCAUUUAUUACAUGUUUUCAUCAUUUCACGUCAAUAAUAACAGUCCACAACCCCGCUAGCUAUCAUUUUGGUCCAUUCUCGCCGUAGUUUUACCAUUCCGUCGAAAUUAAAUUUCAAUUUUUUAUUUUCACGUAAGUCAUUGUAGUUUCAUUGUCAUUUAUCUAGUUACAUUACUCUACAUUAUUUACGAUGGAAACACGUAGUAAGACGAGGGCAGACCCCGCGGCUACGGAAUCCGUCCGGGUGCAGCGCGAACGUCGUCAACGUUCACCGCGCAGCGCCCGGCCGGGUUUGGCUGCGACGGACGACGGUGCUUCGGCAUUGCCAAGCAGUUCAAGCAUACGAGGCGACGUGGCACAACCUAGCCACGACGCUGAACGCCUGGAUGCUCGAACUAGCUCGCAAAACGAAGGCGAUGUCAAAGCACGACCGUCUAAACCUGUUUCUAGUAUUCACAGUAAUACUGCGCGCACCGAGCGCACACAUUCUUCGCGUUCUGCGGCAACCGUCCGCGCACAGAAACUUGCUCUCGAAGCAGAAGCUAUGCGGCGUCAGGUGGAGCGUGAACGUGAGCUUGCGCGUCAACAAGCGGACCGCGAGCGGCAACAGGCGGAGCUCGAGUUCGAACUCGCGCGUCAGCAAGCCGUACUCGCACGGAAACAAGCCGAGGCAGAGGCACAGCGCGAGCGCGAGCUCGCAGGCCUCGAGUCCGAAGCGGAACAAAUGGAGCUGCAAGCAAGACUCGCCGCUCUGGAAGCUUCAGAUAAAGAACCUAGAUCGCCUGAACGUCGCCGUCCGCGGACAAGCGUACCAGUCCGUCGCGUCCCUCAUGUGGACCUGCGGCUCGCCCGACGACGUCGUACAGGCGCUCGAGCAGACGUACGCGCGCCCGGAGCUGCUGGUCGCCCGCGAAGUCGCCGACCUACGGAACACGCAAAAGCUAAGUUCUGCUCAGGAUUUAAAUACGUUAGCGAACAAAUUACGAAAUUUUGUUACUACGCUCACAAUACUCAAACAAACGGAGUAUUUAUCCUCCCCGGAGCUUUUUCGGUGCAUCUUGGUAAAAAUGAGUGAGCACACUAGGUCGCGCUUUACAGAUUAUGCAACUGCUCACACGCCAGAGCAACAGAGUGUUACAAAACUUGAAUUAUUGUCACGUUUCCUUUUGAUUGAGGCUGACAAACAAUUAAAAUUUAAUUUUGUUGCUGACAGUACUGUCAAGGCGCCAACGCCACCAGCGUACUCAAACGUAUCACGAAAUAAUGCUCCGAAAUUUCCAUUAAAAAAGGAAACAAUACAUACUACGGUGUCUAACGAGACAACCUCUGAACAUUGUGCGUAUUGUAAACAAGGGUUUCAUAAAAUAAAGACAUGUAAGAGCUUUUUAAAACUAAUUGUAGAAGACAGAUGGCGCUGGGUUCGAGAAACUAAAAUAUGCUAUCGUUGCCUGAAGUCUAACCCACACACGUGGAACAAUUGCCGCGCAAAACGCUGCGGUGUCGACGGAUGCCCUAGACGCCACAACGCGCUUCUCCACGGCACAGGGACAACCGAGACUAACUCCGGCACGGCUCCUAGAGAUCAGGGCAAUAAUCUUCAAACAUCCUCUGAGAAUUCUAUACGCCCUGUCAUCAUAAAU